CGGGGGGAUACGUGUCCCCGGACCUCAAAAAAGACGACAAGAAAAACGAGAAAAUCGAUGAAUUCCCUAGUGAGUUCGAAUGUUGCUUUUGCACAUCGAAGGACUACAAGGAGUUCAUUGACGCCGAGAGCCUGAUGCCGCUGCCCACGAGCGACUUCCGCAACCCCGUGUGCCUCGAGAUGAAAACGAUACGCAGCAACGCGGCAGCGGCGGCGGCGGCUGCUGCGACUAACAGCAACAACAAUAACAACAUCAGCAACAACAAUGGCGGCCGCGGUCUGGUGGACGGGGUGCUGCUGCGCGGCGUCGCCUCCAGCAGCUACGACAUGGGCAGCGUCGACAGCUCCGACACGUACGCCAGCUGCAACACUCACCCCUCGCACUCUCAGGGCGACCUGACGGCGGACGGCUGCUGGGAGAUGGUGCUGGACAGCAACCUGUACGUGAACCCGCUGGAGGGCAGCCCGGUGGACGGCAGCCCGCCCGCCGCGCUGCAGCCGCCGCUGGCGCCGUCGGCGCUGCCCGUCAAGAAGAGCGCCUCCAGCGACAAGGCGCUGCGCAGCCUGGGCGCCUCGCCGCUCGACGAGGCCUUCAAGGGCUUCGGCGCGCCCGAGCGCGAGCGCGGCUCCCGGGGGUCGCUCAACGACGCGCCGCUGCCCAAGCACCGCAAGACGCGCUUCCAGCAGGGCCUGAAGCCGAGGACCCGAUUCGGCGACGAGGAGGGCCGCGGCGGCAGCGCCGGCAGCCGGCGGCCGUCCUUCAUGCCGGGCGCGCGCAGCCUGGCGUCGGCCACGCGCAUCAUCAACCAGCACCUGUUCGGCCUGCACUCGCUCGCGUCUCGGAAAAACGGCAGCAAGUCAUCGCUGUCGGUGGACUCCAUUGACUCACGGGCCAGCCCCACGCCAGACACACACCGGCGGUCGAAAUCGAUCCUCAAGAAGUCGGACGCGAGCUACUCGAUGUCGCGCAACGGCCGCGGCGGGGGCGGCGGCAGUGGCGGCAGCUGCGGCGGCGGGGGAGGCGCGGGCAGCGACGACCCGGAGACGGAGAAGCUCAUCUCGUCGGACAACAGCGCCAGCUCCGGGAUGGGGGCGGCGGGCGCCGGCGGCUGCGGCUGCAUGGGCGGCGCGGGCGACGCGGGCUCCGGCUCGGGCUCGGACUACUCGCCCAGCAAGCUGCCGCUGUCGCCGCCCGCCACGCCCGCCGCCGCGCACCGCCUGCCGCUGCAGCCGCGCGCCAUCGGGCCCAAGUCCGGCACCAAGCCGCACGCGCUGCCCAUCAAGUUCGUCGGCCUCGACGGCGGCGGCGGCGGCGGCGGCGGCGGCGGCACUGGCGGGCGCUCGUCUUCGGGGCUCAAGUCGCCCCUGGUGCUGUUGGACGACCUCCUGGGUGGCGGCGAGAAGCACGCGCGUGACGAGGCCGCCGUCGAGAACCGCAACAAGGAGCGGCUCGAGUGCUCGUCGGCGGGCGGCGGCGGCGGUGGUGACGGCGACGGCGGCCCGGCGGACGGCGGCUGCUGCCUCGACUCGCCUCUCUACAUCUGCCCGCCGCCGCCCGCCGAGGAGCACUCGCCUACCGAGGAGACCAAGCUGCUGGCCGCGGGCGCCACCCCGGCGCGACACCACUGCCACGACUUCCCCAAGUCGUAGCAGUUACUGGAGGUUUCAUCACGCUUGCAGCUGACAGCAGGAAGCAGAGUUAUAUGUGCCAGAUACUGUGAGAAAUCCUUGUCCUCAAGUGGCAGAUCAUGUUAAAGGCAGCAGUUCACAAUGUCCUCUGCUACAAGCUCCUAUAUGCCUUUUUACCAUCCAUUAGGAUGUUUUCAGCAAUAGUUACAGCAAACCCGUAACAUGGACAUGAUGUUAAGGUGAUAAAUUCAAACAAAAUUUCCUUGUGACACCACACACACACAUAACAUGUGCAAACAGACAUUUCUAAGUACAGUUAUGUAUGAACUGAAAUUUGUGUACAAAACAAAAGGUAUUCUUACAAGCAGUGAAAAUAGUUAAAGUGUAUUGUAUUAUAAAUUUAUAGUUUUGCCAAUAAAAAUUAGCUACUAAUCCUGUUGUAAAAGACAGCUACCUGUGCCUGAUAUGCAUUAUACUUUAAUGGACAUGGUGUGAUUUUAAGAGGAGCCUAUGGUGUUAAAUAUCACUGAAUUUUGUUAUAUGUUUGCAGUAAACUUACCAUGUGAAGAUGAUACACACCUGAUAUUUUGUUGCCGACUAACAGCUGACUAUUUGGUUUUCCUAAAAUCAUUCUGUGUGACCUUCAUAGGACAGAACGUAUCAUUAAAGAAACCACUAAUUAUGAAAAACGUGCUCAAUUAUAAAACCAUUUCACUACCCUGUAUAUUCCAUUAUAUGUUUAUGAAAAUGAAGCUAGCUUAUUUUUUACAGAACUUUUUUAUGAUUUCUAUAAACUGCAAACAAUAAAAGUGUCAGAAUAUGUGUGUGUGUUUAAAUGUGUGCUCAAGUACCAGGUCAAAUGUGAUGUGCAGACAGUUUUGUGCGGCUUUCGGAUUACCUUUGUAUGUGCUGUGAAAAGAAAGGUGAACUGUUCAUCAAAUGAAAACAACCAAAGGAUAAUGUUUAGAUGGCCAGACAACCAGUUAUAAUGCAGAUACUGACAAUUUAAUGCUCUAUGCACUGAAAACAGCUGUAUCAAUUUGCUUUUGUGAAAUACAAAAAUGAAGCAGGUCAGUGUCUACACAAACAAUUGAGUAUGAUGAAAAUUGGCAGUAAAUACUGUGAUGGAACUUCAUGUAAUAGGAUUUACAAAAGGCAAACGCAUAGAAAAAGCAGAUGUUACCAAAAUGAAAGCAAGCAAUAUCAUUGAUGUUAAGAGAAAAAUAGACAUUAUUUUGUAGUGUUUUAAAAUGAAAGCGAAAAAUGACUAUUCGCAAAGCUUAUUUCUGCCUGUGAUUCUUUUUUGUAAGAAACAUGAAUGUGAUUAUAUGUUUAUGGUGAUGUCAGUAGUUUUAAAAGAUCUGUUAUGUAGUCUGCUUGUUUUUAUGACAAAGCUUCUGACAAGAUACAUAAACUCAUGAGAAGGGUUCAUAAAACAAGCAAAAAAAUAGCAGAAUUAAAAUUCUUUAUAGAAUUUCUCCUUUUAUAGUUGUUAAAAUGACAUUAAGUUGACAAUGGCAUAAAAUUAAAAUUGAAACUGGCAGUAAAUAAUUUAUGUACAAUGAGUCUCUUUAUGCCUGUAACAAAUUACUGAGCUUAAAAAGCUCUACAGUAAUUCUUAUUGACACAGCCAAUUUUCAUGCUUCUCAUAUUGAUGCAAAGUAUUGAAUAAAGACUUUUUAGUUAGUAAAAAAUCAUUUUUCUUAAUUGUUAACUUUCACAUUCAAGCCAACUCCAGUUAACUGUAAUGUGAAGUGAUGUGAUUUGUUACAGCUGCACCAUAGUAAAAUACUGCAUUGUACUUGUAAUUCAUCAAUUGCUGCCAUACCACAACAAUUAUUUGAAAAGUUCCUGUGUUUUCUGUCCCCUCAUAAUAGGAAAGUAAAUUUAUCUCUGUCUGAGUGAAACAUUCCCUAAAAAUCACCAGGCCCUGUCCUGGGCUGCUAACAUAACACCAAGGUAUUGUAAAGAUUUUGUAAUGUGAUAAGUGUUAACAAAACAAAUAUGUAUUUACUGAAACUUCUUUGAUGACUGUAUGUAUGUGUGCAAAUGACAAACAUAUCAGGCAGUCCAGUUAAUACAACUUAACAGCCCCAUUCAAAAACUGUGUGUUUGAUGUCGGAAAACUGAAAAUUUCUUUUAGUUGUAUUCAUGAUUCUGUAACUAUAAUAUUUAUAAUUUACAUGUUCAGUAAUGUUACAUCACAGUACUUCCAGUAAUAUAUCAGGUAACUAAAACUUAUCUUAUGGGAACAGAAACAUUUUAUAGUAACUUGUUACAUGCAUAAAGAGUGCACUAUAGCACUAUGAUAUAAACAAAACUUCAAAGCACUUCUAAUGGCAUGGGGAACUACAACAACUUGAACCAUUUUGUAACCCAUUAAGUUUGGUAAUCAAGCUAUUUUUAUAGUAACUGGGAACAUUUGCUAGUGGCACACACAACAUUUCGUUCUAAAACAAAUGCAGAAAGUUGUUAUAUAUGAAGGAAUAUUUUCCAACUGAUGAUAAAUUUGCAGUUCAUUCAGCAGACAUUUUGCAUACAACACAUUUCAUUUUAUUAUGUGACAUAGUGUUGUGUAUGUACAUUCCAUUCAUAGCAGCUAACAUUUUUACAGAGUGAUAGAUAAUACAUUUAAGGACAUACUUAACUAUGUACUGUAUUCAUAUAUUUUGUAUCUGUUAGUGACUUCAAAACUUGACUUACAAAGUCUGAUACAAGUUCAUUACCACGAGUAAAAAUUUAUGACCGAUUUAUUUAUUUUCAUUUUUUAAUGACCUUGAUUUUUUACAAAAUACAAAUCAAUUUUUGAUGCACUUUUCCAAGAGACCAUUAACUCAAAAUUGUUGCUGGCUACUAGAGGGCAGUUGUCAUAGUCAAUAAUAUUCCUGCAAAUGUACAAAAUUUAUGAGUGGUAGAGGUGAAACUUGUUCUGAGCAAUUGCUUUGCUAUGAAUGCAAUUAAAAGGCAGCAAAAUUAUGGAUGAAAAUUAAUUCCAGUACCCCACAGUAGAAAGUAACACCAGCAUAUAUAAUGCAAAUUCUACAUCUUUUAAGUUUACAUGUAGCAAGUAUUCAUACUUGAUAGAAAUAUUACAUACAAUAAAAUUAUAUGUGUGAUAGCCACUAGAAUUAAAUGUGAAAAAGAUUCAGAUUUCCUGUCAUUCUUUAUAGAAAGUUGGAAUUGUAAUGGCUGCAGAAUGAUGUUGAAAAUAGUGAAGGUCUGCUUUUAAAAGUUGUAUUCUUUUUCUAAGUGGACAGUGUAGAAUGACACAUAUGUGAGAAGAUAAAUUUUGUUCUUGUAAAACAAAUCUAUUCCUGAAUCAUAUAUACAAAAAGGAAACUACAUUUGACUGACAACAUGAAAGAAACUUUCAGUACAUACUUUCUUUAUAAGUAGGGAAACGCUUAUCCCCCAAGUAAUUUUACAAAGUUUGUUGUGGUAAUAUGUUUAUAUUUACAAUACCUUAAUUGUUCUUCCAGCAACUGUUGACUGAUUUUAUCCACUGCAGAUAAUAAAUUAUUAAAAAACUA